GUCGAAGCUUUUCCCUCUAACACGCGCCGCCAUUGUUGCAUCCAUUGAAAGUUCAACAUGGCCUCCGACCAGCCACCGGGAUCUGAUGCGCACCAGAACGACCUGGGGAUUGCUAUCGCGGGUUUGAAUUCAUGGACCCACCGGGAGCUCCAGGUCAAGCUGGCCGAGUUGGGCAUGCCCGUGAUGGGUCCAAGAGAAGAGUUGAUGGAAAGAUGUAAAAAUUACAUGAUCCAGACAGGCAUCCUGUUUGGAAAAGUUCAUGAUGACAAUGGAAUGGGCUCUCAGAUGCCUCCUGGAAUGGGGGGAAUGAUGCACCCAGCGAUGGGCAUGAUGCCCGCUGGCAUGCACAUGGCCAUGGAGGGCUCCAGCUUGCCGCCUCCUGGCCUGUCACAUGAUGACCAUCUGCAUAUGGCUCAGCAUAGGGCUGCAAUGAUGAUGCACGAGGAGCACGAUUCUCGUCUCAUGAAUGACCAGGACCUCCUGGAGCAGCAAAACAGGGCCGCCAUGCUGUUGGAGCAGGAACGCCACCAUCCGGUCACUGCAGUCCAAAUUCCUUUGGAUGCUCAUGGGGCGUUGCCGCCAGGCAUUGCCAUGCUGGCCCAGCGACAUAGAUUGCCACCGCCGCCCCCAGGGGAGGACAACAGGGAGCUCUGGCAAGGUGAUGACAUCAUUAUUGGAGGGCCCAAGAUCCCCCAGGCCUUGGAGAAGAUCCUGCAGCUGAAGGAGAUCCGACAGGAGCAGCACAUUGACCCUGCAGAAGCAGCGGAAGACGACGGGCACCUGGGUGGCAGCAACUCUGCGCUAGGAGCGCUGGAGGCGGGAGACGACGACAGCCGCAUGUCCAAGAAGGAUAAGAACCGCCGGCGCAGGAACCGCAAGAAGAAGAGCAAGAACAAGCGGGCUCAGGAAAAGAAGGAGAAGGGUGAGGGAAAGGACGACGGCAGCGACAAGGAAGACGAGCCCGAAGUGGAGAUCGAGUAUGUCACAGAGGAGCCGGACAUAUACGACUCCGGCUACAUCAUCUUCAAGCGCAUCUUUGACGCCUUCAAGCUCACUGACGAUCUGAAGAAAGAGAAGGAGAAAGAACCGGAAAAAGCGGAAAAGCAGGAAAUUGGCUUUCUGAGGAAGAAAGCCUUCGAGUUGGAGAGGAAAGACAGCGACGACAGUGACGAGGAUGUCCGCCACGAUCAGCCCAAGUUGUCCAAGAAGAAAUUGAGGAGGAUGAAUCGCCUCACCGUGGCCGAGCUCAAGCAGCUGGUAGCCCGUCCGGAUGUGGUGGAGAUGCACGACGUGACGGCGCAGGAGCCCAAGCUGCUGGUGCACUUGAAGGCCACCCGGAACACCGUGCCGGUUCCUCGCCACUGGUGCUUCAAGCGCAAGUAUCUUCAAGGCAAGAGGGGGAUUGAGAAGCCACCCUUCUUGCUCCCAGAAUUCAUCAGGAGGACUGGUAUCCAGGAAAUGAGGGAGGCUCUUCAGGAGAAGGAGGACGCCAAAACCAUGAAGACCAAAAUGAGAGAGAAAGUCCGUCCCAAGAUGGGAAAGAUUGACAUCGACUAUCAAAAACUUCACGACGCCUUCUUCAAGUGGCAGAUCAAACCCAAGCUGACCAUCCACGGAGACCUUUACUACGAGGGUAAAGAGUUUGAAACCCGCCUGAAGGAGAAGAAGCCGGGCGACCUUUCCGAGGAGCUACGCAUCGCGCUGGGAAUGCCGGUCGGCCCUAACUCCCACAAGGUUCCUCCACCCUGGUUGAUUGCCAUGCAGAGGUAUGGUCCCCCUCCAUCAUACCCAAACCUGAAAAUCCCUGGACUCAACUCACCCAUCCCAGAGAACUGCACCUUUGGUUACCACGCCGGCGGCUGGGGGAAGCCCCCCGUGGACGAGAUGGGCAAGCCGCUUUACGGCGAUGUGUUUGGGACCAACUCGGCUGAUUUCCAGGCCAAAGCGGAGGAGGAAGAAGUGGACCACACGCCGUGGGGCGAGCUAGAGCCUUCUGAUGAGGAGUCUUCUGAGGAAGAGGAGGAGGAGGAAGAGAGCGAUGAGGAGAAACCGGACGAGACAGGAUUCUUCACACCAGCCGACAGCGGGCUGAUCACGCCAGGAGGCUUCUCGUCCGUCCCCGCCGGCAUGGAGACUCCUGAACUCAUCGAGCUGAGAAAGAAGAAGAUCGAGGAGGCGAUGGACGGCAAUGAGACGCCGCAGUUGUUCACCGUCCUCCCGGAGAGACGAACGGGCCCGGUGGGCGCCGCCAUGAUGGCCUCCACUCACAUCUACGACAUGUCAGCGGCCAUGGCAGGGCGCAAGGCCGGCAUAGGUGAUACUCACGGCGUGGAGGUGGCGCUGGCGCCCGACGAGUUGGAGCUGGAUCCGAUGGCUAUGACUCAGAAGUACGAGGAACAUGUGCGGGAGCAGCAGGCCCAGGUGGAGAAGGAGGACUUCAGCGACAUGGUGGCCGAGCACGCAGCCAAACAGAAGCAAAAGAAGAGGAAGGCUCAACCACAGGACACACGAGGCGGUGCCAAGAAAUACAAAGAGUUCAAGUUCUAGACAACAAGAAGACAUUUUAUUUCAUGUUUUUGUUUUUUUUCAUAUAAUGUGAGAACCCUCAUGUGUUUCCUCUUUUUUUUGUAAAUAAAUCCCAACCAGCCA